AUGACGCGAAGUAGACGGGGCAAAGGACAUCGACCUCGCGAACACGGAGACGGAGCACCGCCUUGCAAGCUGGUGGGACAGCUGGAAGGCUGUGCUGCGCAGUUAUAUCCUGAUCGAGUCUUGUCGCAUCAAGCGCUGCAUAACUCGGAGCUAUAUGUAACGGCUGCGCAGACUUCUCCGGUGCCUCAGUGCAGUGCACCUGGCGAAACAACUUCCGAUGCAGUAGAGUGA